UGUUUGGUAACUAAUUAGGACCACCUCCACAAGCAGCAUAGCAGAUCCUCCAGGCAACCCUAGGAACCGUAUAAAAGUGCUCACGACUCAGUACGCUUCUAAACACUUCUGUGGACUUCAUCUCCUCGGUGAACCGGGUUUACCUCCACCCCAGAAAGAUGACUUUCUCCAGCCUGUCCUAUCCAGAAUGUGGGGUGGCCCGACCCAGUCCAGUUACUGGCAGCGCCAACGAGCCGUGCGUUAGGCAGUGCCCUGACUCCGAAGUGGUGAUCAGCCCCUCACCGGUUGUCGUGACCCUCCCUGGACCAAUUCUCAGCAAUUUCCCUCAGCAGAGUGACGUGGCAGCCGUAGGAGCACCUGUGGUCGGAGCUGGUUUCGGAGGCUCAUUCGGUUUGGGGGGAUUGUACGGCUAUGGAGGCCAUUACGAAGGAUUGUAUGGUGUAGGGAGAUUAGGUGGUUACAGGGGCCUUUACGGUUACAGGGGAUUAUUGGGCCAUGGGGGAUACUAUGGUUACCCGGGCCUUUACGGUUAUGGGGGAUUAUUGGGCUAUGGGGGACACUGCGGUUACCCGGGCCUAUAUGGUUAUGGUGGAUUAUGUGGUUCCGGGAUAUCUUCCCAUAGGUACCUCAAUGGAAGCUUUGGGCCAUGUUAA